CACUUUGGGGUAAUCUUUCGGCUGCGCUGCCACAAAACGUUCAGUCGACGCGCAGCACUCAACACGAACAAAUCGUUGGGCUCGCGUAUCUAUCAGAUACGUCGUACAUAUACAUAUAUAUUCGUUCUAUUUUGUAAAAAUACAAAAUGCAUAGAGCACACACAGCCUUUAGUCUGGCGUUAUCGCCGAUGGCGCAUAAAAACUUUGCUACAUGGCUUUUAAACAGCAGCAGCAGUCAAAAGCUGGUCAAGGCCACCGCCGCUGCCGCCGUUCGCACCUACAAUUCAGCUGCAGCAGAACCUUUUGCCAAUGGCAGCACCGCCACCUACGUGGAGGAGAUGUACAACUCCUGGCUGCGUGAUCCCAGCUCUGUGCAUACUUCUUGGGAUGCGUAUUUUCGCAGCAACACGUACAUGAGUCCACCAAAUUUGGCGCCCGUGCAGGCGAACACGAUGCCACUGUCGGCCUUCAAUUUUGGAGGCGCUGCUAGCGCUGCUCCCGACUCCAAGACCAUCGAUGAUCAUUUGGCUGUGCAGGCGAUCAUUCGCAGCUAUCAGUCACGUGGUCAUUUGGCAUCUGAUCUGGAUCCUCUUGGAAUUUUAACACGCGAAAAAACCGUUUGCAAGGAUGGUCUUGCACGUCGGGCUAACGAGGAUGUGCUCAGGCAGCAUUCUGGGUUUUUGUUUGGCGAGCAGGAUAUGGAGCGUCAGUUCAAGUUGCCCAGCACCACAUUCAUUGGUGGCGAUGAGGCUUCUUUGCCCCUGAAGGAAAUUCUCAACCGUCUGGAGAAUGUUUACUGUAAUAAAAUUGGUGUGGAAUUCAUGUUUAUCAACUCUUUGGAGCAGUGCAACUGGAUUCGCAAGCGUUUCGAGACUCCCGGCGUGCUCAGCUUUACGCCGGAGGAGAAGCGUCUCAUUUUGGCCCGUUUGACACGUGCCACUGGCUUUGAGGCUUUCUUGGCCAAGAAAUACUCAUCGGAGAAGCGUUUCGGUCUGGAGGGUUGUGAGAUUAUGAUCCCGGCCUUGAAGGAAAUCAUUGAUGUGUCCACCGAACUGGGCGUCGAGUCUGUCAUCAUGGGCAUGCCACAUCGUGGUCGUCUUAAUACCUUGGCCAAUGUCUGCCGCAAGCCAUUGAAUCAAAUCUUUACCCAGUUUGCUGGUCUGGAGGCUGCUGAUGAUGGUUCUGGCGAUGUCAAGUACCAUUUGGGCACCUACAUUGAGCGCUUGAAUCGCGUCACAAACAAGAAUAUUCGUCUGGCUGUUGUGGCAAAUCCCUCGCAUUUGGAGGCCGUUGAUCCCGUCGUGCAGGGCAAGACACGUGCCGAGCAAUUCUAUCGGGGCGAUCAGGAGGGCAAGAAGGUCAUGUCCAUCCUCAUUCAUGGUGAUGCCGCCUACUGCGGCCAAGGUGUUGUCUAUGAAACGAUGCACUUGUCGGAUCUGCCCGAUUACACCACUCACGGCACCAUUCAUGUGGUGGCCAACAAUCAAAUUGGCUUCACCACCGAUCCACGUUUCUCGCGCUCCUCUCCCUACUGCACGGAUGUGGCACGUGUCGUCAACGCUCCUAUUUUCCAUGUCAAUGCCGAUGAUCCCGAGGCCGUGAUGCAUGUGUGCAAGGUGGCUGCCGAAUGGCGUGCCACAUUCCACAAGGAUUGUGUCAUUGAUUUGGUUGGCUAUCGUCGCAAUGGCCACAACGAGAUCGAUGAGCCGAUGUUCACCCAACCCUUGAUGUACCAAAAGAUUCGCAAGCAUAAGAACUGCUUGGAUCUCUAUGCGGACAAGUUGAUUGCCGAGGGAACUGUCACCGGGGAGGAGGUUAAAUCUGUUGCCGCCAAGUAUGAGAAUAUCUGUGAGGAAGCCUUUGCGCUGGCCAAGACCGAGACCCACGUCAAGUACAAGGAUUGGUUGGAUUCGCCCUGGUCUGGUUUCUUCGAGGGCAAGGAUCCCUUGAAGGUUGCACCCACUGGUAUCAAGGAGGAGACUCUGAUUCACAUUGGCAAUCGUUUCUCGUCGCCACCACCAAAUGCAGCUGAAUUUGUUAUCCACAAGGGUCUGAUGCGUGUUUUGGCCGCUCGCAAGGCCAUGGUCGAUGACAAGAUGGCCGAUUGGGCUUUGGGUGAGGCCAUGGCCUUUGGCUCGCUGCUGAAGGAGGGCAUUCAUGUGCGUCUUUCGGGUCAGGAUGUGGAGCGUGGCACGUUCUCGCAUCGUCAUCAUGUGCUGCAUCAUCAGCUGGUGGACAAGGCCACGUACAAUGCGCUGCAACACAUGUAUCCGGAUCAGGCGCCUUACUCCGUCUCCAACAGCUCGUUGUCGGAAUACGCCGUGCUGGGCUUUGAACAUGGCUACUCGAUGACCAAUCCCAAUGCUCUCGUCUUGUGGGAGGCACAAUUUGGUGACUUUAGCAACACGGCCCAAUCGAUUAUCGAUCAGUUCAUCUCCAGCGGCCAAUCGAAGUGGGUGCGUCAAUCCGGUCUGGUUAUGUUGUUGCCCCAUGGCAUGGAGGGCAUGGGACCGGAGCAUUCAUCCUGUCGUGUCGAACGUUUCCUGCUGAUGAGCUCCGAUGAUCCCGACUAUUUCCCACCCGAGUCGGAUGAGUUUGCCAUCCGGCAGCUGCAUGACAUCAAUUGGAUUGUGGCCAAUUGCACGACGCCAGCGAAUUUAUUCCACAUCUUGCGUCGCCAGGUGGCUUUGCCCUUCCGCAAGCCACUGAUCCUGUGCACACCCAAGUCUCUGCUGCGUCAUCCGGAGGCCAAGAGCCCCUUCAGCGAGAUGAGCGAGGGCAGCGAGUUCCUGCGCAUCAUCCCCGAUCGUGGACCAGCUGCCGAGAAUCCCAGCAGCGUCAAGAAGGUUGUCUUCUGCACCGGUCGCGUCUACUACGAUCUGACCAAGGCGCGUGCCGAGAAGCAGCUGGAGAAGGACAUCGCCAUUGUGCGAGUCGAGCAGAUAUCGCCCUUCCCCUUCGAUCUGGUCAAGGAGCAGGCGAAUCUGUACAAGAACGCUGAGCUCGUCUGGACACAGGAGGAGCACAAGAACCAGGGCUGCUGGUCAUACGUCCAGCCCCGUUUCCUUACCGCGCUGAAUCACAGCCGUGAUGUCAGCCAAAGCGAUGAACAAUCCACCUUCUCCAAUACAACUACUACCACUGAUAAUACGAAUACUAAUCAAGCGUCCAAUAUCGAUACUGAUACUGAUUCCGAUUCUGAACAAAAAUCGAAACCGUGGCUAAGUCGCAUGUUUGCCAGCAAUAAUAAAAUUGAAAAUGAUAAUGAUAACGAUGCAACUACCACUGUCAAUGCGAUUGGUCACAAGCAUUUCGAUUUAAAGAACGCACGACACGAUUUCAAUAGACCUGCGGGCAUUGCGGCCGCUCCGGGCGUGCGAAUUGCCAAAACCGGACGUAAAAUUAGUUAUGUUGGACGCGCUUGUAGCGCCUCAACGGCCACCGGAUCGAAGGCCCAACACAUUCGGGAAUUAAAUGCGCUAUUGAACGAUGCGAUGUCCACUUAAAUGGAAUGGAAAAUUGAGAAGAUGAUGUGGAUGAUGAUGAUGAUGAUGGUGUUAACGAGAAAUGAAUAUUAAUUAUGAUUAUACGAGUAUAUAUAUAUUUUGUAAUAGAAACGUAUGCAGAUAUAUACGAUCUUUGAUACGAUUUUUUCGGACGAAAUUGUUAAGUGCAUUGUGUGAAAGUCGUGAAAUGUUAAAUAUUAGUUUAGUGAAAUUGAAAGAGCAACAACAACAAGAACACGAAAUUGUUUAGUGUUUCAAAUACACAACAAAUCACUUUCCCUCCCUUCAAACCCAAUACACACUCAAAACUCUAGUUGUUUACAAUAAAUACACACACAAAAGUACACACACUUAUAUAAAA